AUUGAGUCCCGUAGCGGUGCGUAUUCGCAGUCCUGCAGCGAAUGCAUCCUGCUCGAUGAGGGAGCGACUCUGCAGUGCUACUGCAAGUCCACCUACGCAGCGAACAGCAAGAACACGACCUUAAACCUGGAGGAGCACAUCGCCAACUACGAUGGACAUCUGCUCUCCAACCUGACCGGCAGCGUCACCUCCAUCCCGGCCGACUCGUCCUGGCCGAUCCCCUCCGACUUUGAGGUGCAGCUGCAGGUCUCCAGCCUGAACAACAACUGCUCGACGAUCGGGGGGUAUCUGACUCUCAACGAUCCGCAGGACUGCUACUAUCUCAACCUGGGGGUGGAGUACUACUGGUACGCGGCGACGACAGUCAACAACCUGGGGUGGAAGAUUGUGGCGUACCACGACAGCACGUGCAGCGGGGAGGCAGUGGGCACGUUCACGCCGGAGAAUGUCGACACUUGCCUCACCUUUGAGGAUGGAGUCUCCGGGUUUGCCGUCAUUCCGCUGUGGAAUGCCGACUGA